AGCGAAAAGUUUAAAUGAACCGUUAAAUUUUUCAUGGAAUAAAGCUUGAAAUAAUGGGACAAGGGCGAUGUGUGCGUGUUGGAAAGUAUUUAUAAGAUUCGUAAGGAUGUUUACGGCAUUUGUUUCUAACAACGGGAAAAUUCCCACCCGUAUUAGACAUAAUGCGAGACGGCCCUGCUUAUAGUCGAAAGCAAUCGAAGGUAGUCGAAGUCGACCGAGGACAGUGGAAAAUAGUGGGAUGUUUCCCCUCUUUCGCUUCUGACCAUCCCUCAGCCCCUACCAUCGCGCGCAUCCCUUCCUUUAGGCUCGACGUUUCUCUGUUUCUCUCGUACACGUUGACGGUUCUCUCAGUCGCUUCCUCCUCCCUCUCUGUCUUGCUCUGGCUGACUGUCUCGCUCGCUCUUUCCUUCCGUCUUUGUCCGUCUCUGUUUCUCCUUCUUGCUCGUUCAGCUCGUUCUUAACGUCAAACCACUUAGGGCCGCGGACCUCGGCAGUCAGUCGAUCUUUCCUAGCAGCAGCAUUCCGGCAUUUUCCACCUGAUCGCGCGCGGGCGGUCCGGCAAACGCCAUUUUGUUCGUCACGUCUGAUCGUCACGUCUCCUCGUUAGAGAGGAUCCUCGUGCGUAAAACGUUUGUAUGUGCCGCGCACCCUUCCACGCCCCGUGCAACACCUGCGUUAUCAAAAACAACAAACGAAGGCGACGCACUUUAUAACACACGCGCGGUUGUUGUGUGGUGCCGGUGGUUUACUUUGCCUGUUCCGUCAACCGAUAACGGACAUCGAGAACGGAAAAGGACGCCGGGUGUUGUUUUUCCGUUGGCGAGACCCGCACGGAACGCAGUGCGUGACCCCGCGUGGUGUUCUCUCUCUCCUCUACACGUUAUUCUUCCAACCAGCCACAUUAAGAACAACGCAGCAAACCGAUACAUGAGAACAGAAAACACGUGAGACCGAGCAUCGUCAGGGGCAAUCGUGAUCGAGCUGUGCACGUUUAAACGGAUUCGCGUUUAAAUGCUUCCAAGAUCAUCGUCUUAGAAGCGUUCUCAUCCGGUUGACGGAGGCGCCCGGGUUGGUUUCACUUCGAGAACGAGCCCGUCGGCUGACUGCGCAUCGGACCAACACCUAGUGGAGAAGGAAGGCGGUGGGAUUACGGUGAACCACAGGAACGGAUCUUGGCGGGUGAAGAGCCGGUGGCAGUGCCAGGUCCGCGCAUGCUUCAGCAACGAGGCAGUUCAGCAACGACACCUCCCGCGACGUCAUCCUCCAACAUGUUCCCCCAACAGUAUUGCUUACGAUGGAAAUACCAUCACAGCAACCUACAGACCAUGUUCUCACAGCUGCUCGAGCGACAAGCUUAUUGCGACGUCACUCUGGCCUGCGAGGGCAAGACUCUCAGAGCGCACAAGGUGGUUCUGUCAGCGUGCAGCACGUACUUCGACACGAUUCUGUCCCAGUACGAGGAGAAGGACCCCAUUGUCAUAAUGCGGGACGUCAAGUUCUCGGACAUCAAAGUGCUGGUCGAGUUCAUGUACAAGGGAGAAAUUAACAUCGACCACACGAGAUUGUCGUCCCUGCUGAAAACCGCGGAGGAUUUGCACAUCAAGGGCCUGGCCGAGGUGAGCUGGCGUAGCGAUUCCACGCAAAAUGAUCUAGGCAACAGCGGUCACAGUCCCGGUGCGGCGACUCCAGGUGUCGAGACGGUCCUCAGGGAAGGAGACACCGACGAACCGCCACCUCCGAAGCAAAGACGCAGAGGGCGCCCGCCUCUCGACGAUCCACCCUCGGCCCACGACGUCUUCACGCCCAAAAUCACCUGUAUCACCGGAAAUGUACGUCAAGAGGAAAUGAUGAGCGAGGGCGGUGACCACGAGAGUUGGGACGAUGAAAUGAUGAUGAACGAAAAUAACGAAACGCCACUGCCGGUGCUAUCGUACAUGUCCAAGGAUGACAACGCAUCCGACCAGGAAAAGAAAGCGCCUACCACUCCCUCGAAUUCCAACGCCACGAACCCAUCGAUCCCUGAGCAAUUCCGAGACGUCGUGAAGAUGAACGAUUACCUGACGACGGGACGCCGCCAAGAGUUCUGGGAGGAGCCGUUCACGCGACGCGUUAUGGAUGCCAUUAAGAGCAAAGAACUGGAAAUGAAGACUGCCGCCGAGAUACUUGGCGUGUCCUACGGAACCCUCUACGGCAGAUAUCGCGACAGUUAUGGUUGCCUUAAACAUCCGUAUAGAGUAAGGGACUUUUGGUCAGAGCCAGGACCAGCGGAGGUGUUAGCCAAGCUACGAAGAAAGGAGAUCACGUUGUUCCGUGCAGCCGAGUUCCUCAAUGUGACCGUCCAUACGUUGGCAACGUAUUUGUCGACGCUACAGGGCCCGGACAGGAUUUCGUUAGCCGGUGACUUGAGCGUGGCGUCGGGCGCGGUGGACGGUAACAACGAGACGCCCGAGAACAACGAAUCGGUGAACGAUAUUCUGCAAAAGAUCAACGCGAACGCGUCCACUACAGCCACACCGACCACCUCGACCCCGAUCAAGAGAGAAGGAGGCGGUUACAUCGAGGUACCGACGCCCGUCCCGAAACCGGCCACCUCGGUGCUGGAAAACAAUCCGGACAUCACGAUCGUGAAGACAGAGAGCUUGCCACGUAAACGGGAGUACGCGAAGAUCUCGAACACGGAGAACAACAACGCGAAGCUGAUGAGCGGCGGCGCUGUGAGCGAGGUGACGCAGCAACAGCAGCAACAGCAACAACAAAAGAUCACCGAUCCGUUGUCGUUGAACAACGACAACAGCAAACCCUAACUAUUCAGGCCUUAUCUGCAACCGGCGUAUCCCCGUGCACCGAGCGCUAACUACAGAUCCGAGCUGUGCCCUCGCAGAUUCUAUUCGAACGUGUUUACUCGCAGAUUCUAUUCGAACGUGUUUACUCGCUUUCUCACGAAUUUUCAUUUGAAGUAGAAGAAGGUGAAACGCGUCGUGCUGUCCGUGUAAUUAUUUGUCGUCGUGACGUCGUCGUCGCAGCCUUGGCCCGUUCGUUGACGCUCCACGCACGCCAGCCCACGCCAACAGAGUAGUAGCUUUAGACAAUCUCGCGUGUACGAUCGUCGGUCGUGGCAUAGGCUGGAGUUGCGUCGACAUCGGCAAAACUGCCACGAGUAAACACGAGAAACCGAGGAGAGGGUUAUAGCACCGGAUCCUGAAACGCGGGGGCUGAUUUACGUUUUUCGCGAGGACUUUGCCAAGCGAGGGCUCGCGUUCGAUGGGGUUCUGCCUUCGGAUCCGGCUCCGUUCUAUCCAGCGUUGCACGGAUGCAACGCGCCAGCCGCGUAUAUUUUCCGAGUAAAACGAACAGAGUGCGUCGAGAACUAGAGAACGAUUCCUUCUUAAAAGUUUAGUACCUAGCGAUA